AAAAAAAAAAAAAAUUUCCCAGUAAAAACUGCAAGAAUUUUUUUUUUUUUUUUUUUUUAAAAAAAAAAAAAGAGAAAAGAGAAAACGAAAAGAGAAAGAAUAUGGCAAAACUUACACAUGAUUGUCUUUACAUUAUAUUCGAAGAAUUGGAAGAUGAUAAUAAUACAUUAUAUUCAUGUCUUUUAAUGAAUCGAACCAUAUGUGAAACAGUUAUUCCAAUUCUUUGGAGGGACCCAUGGAAAUUUUGUCAAAACAAUAACAAAUUAAAAAUAUUAUACAAUACAAUAAUUUCAUUAUUACCACCAGAUUCCAAACUUUUAUUAAUUAAUAAUGAUAUUAAUAUAUUUAAUACAUUCUCACCAAAACCAUUAUUUAAUUAUAUAUCAUAUUUGAAAACAUUAAAUGCUAUCGAUAUAGAUAAUAUGAUUAAAGAUUUAACAGAUUUUCAAAAAUAUACAUAUAUUAAAUAUAAUCCUAAUAAUAAAUUUUUAUUAGGAAAAGAAAUUAUGAAGAUGAUUAUGAAUUUGGGAUUAAACUUAAGAAUACUUUCAUUAUAUAAAUGUAAUGUUAAAGAAUUUUAUAAGUUUCCAGGAGCAAGAGAAUGUCUUAAAAAUAUUGUAAAAUUAGAAUGUACUAUUAAUCUUGAUCCAUCAAUUUUUUAUGGAUUAGCCCAAAUUUGUCAUAAUAUUAAAUAUUUAUAUAUUAAUGAUUGUAUUAGAGAUAAUGAAGGUUUAGCAACUUUAAUUGAAGCUCAAAAGAAUUUACAAUAUUUUACAUAUGAAAAAUUUUAUAAUAAUCAUCCUUUAUGUAAAAGAAUUGGAAAUGCUCUAGAAAAGAAAACAGAUUCACUUAUAUCACUUGAAGCAUAUGGAAAUAUUGCAAUAUGUUGUUCUACUUUUACAAAAUUAACUAAUUUAAAAAUAUUAAAAUUAAAAGUAGAUUUAUCAAAUGGUUGUCAAGAAGAAUUUUUAAGAUCAUUAAGUUUACCAAAUCUUGAAAGACUAUAUUUAAGUUGUCAUUCACUUUAUACAAUAUCAAAAAUUAUUCAACAAACAAAAGGUGAAUUAUUAGAAAUUAGAAUUGGUUCUGAAAAAAAUAUUUCAAGUGAAGAUACUUUAAUGCUUAUUAAAUCUAUUACUCAACAUUGUUCAAAUUUAAUUUUGGCUACAAUAAUUUGUUAUGAUUAUAAUGAUAUUAAGGAAUUAAAGAAAUUAUUCUCAGUUUGUACAAAAAUAGAAAAAUUAGUUUUAAUUCAUUAUACUUUUAAUACUAAUUAUGAAUUUUAUGAUGAUGAUUUAUUAGAUAUAUUAAUUGAUUGUGCUCCUUUAACUUUAAAUUCUUUAAAAGUAGAAUGUUUUAAUUUUUCUACUGAAAGUUUAGAAGAUUUUUUUGAAAAAUGGAAAUUGAAACAACAAAAACCAUUAUCUUUUUAUAAUAUAUCAGAAGAAGAAUAUUUUUCUUUUAAUAAUGAAAAGAAAUUGAUUGUUAAUAAAUAUAUUAAAGAAGGUGUAAUUAAGAAAUUUGAAGAAAUUGAUCCUUAUGCUAGAUUUACUGAUUGGGAUUAGUGAGAUUUUUAUUGUUUCUUUUUAUGUCAUUUUUGUAAUUUUUUUUUUUUUAAUAAAAAAUUUGGUAAUGCUAAAAAUUGAUUAAUUUUUUUAAUUAAAUAAACAAACAAUUUCUUAUUCGGUCAUAGAAUGAUCGUUAGUUUAGUUAAGCUCCUAACUAAUUU